UUCAUGGCAGAACCUGGUCCCAUGGUGAGAAGGCUAGCCUGUGUCCAGGAUGCUCUAGCUUGAGACAAGGUCCAAAACCUUUGGUCCAUCAGUGGUCAGAGAGGAGGCUGUGAGCUAGAGAGAAACACACUGGUGCAGACCAAGGAACGAUCUUGCUUUGGGAGACAGAGCAGAGCUCUAGGUCCCACCCACACAGCCCUGGAACUCUUGGAUUCAAAGCCAGCAGUGCAACGGAUGGUCCAGUGGGGGGGAGGGGUUUUCCCAUAGUUCCAUGGGUGAGGGAAGGAGGAGACAAGAUUUUUAUUUUGACACCGUGUUCCAUCCAAGGUUAGGGUGCAGUGGUGGGAUUCCCCCCAAUGUAAGGGCAGAAAAAACUCAUUCGGGGAGGACCUUCAGAGAGCCCUGGGCAGCUGUUGUCAUAGGGACAUCACACAAUCAGACCCUGCCUUGGGAUCACAGGCAGAGGAGGGGGUCAUAGGGGAUCCUGGGGGUCCUCUGCAGGCAGCUUGCCGAGAUUUGGGGAUGUCACCCAGAGGACCGGGGACCCAGCAUCCUUAGCGGCUUCUCUCGGGUCAUGUCUGUGGCUGUGGAUCCAGCUGCACUCCCAUCGGGAGAGUCAAGGGGCCACGGAUGAGGAGGAGAGAGAGUUUCCACCCAGGGUCCCCAGAUGGAAAGUUCAGAGUUUGGACUCAGUCCCUCCUAUGCCAAGUUGGGAGUGUUCUUGCUGUUGGCGGAGGCCCUGCUUCCCUGCGUGUGCUGCACCCAGAAAUCAGUGUAUUUCUCUUUCUAUGAAAUCAUCAUCCCCAGGAGGCUGAGGGGCUGGAGGAGGGGAGACCCAGCAGACGAGAUGCACUACUCGUUCUCCAUGAGGAGGAGAUGGCACGUCAUCCGCCUGAAGCGCAAAAAGGGGCUCUUUGUCCAGAAUUUCCCCGUUUAUACCUACUCCGAUGGGAUCCCAAGGCUGGACGCGCCUUUUAUCCGCAACGACUGCUAUUACGAUGGGUACCUGGUAGGGGACCAGGGCUCCUUUGCAUCCAUCAGCACCUGCUCAGGGCUCAAGGGGAUUCUGAUCAUCCAGACCAUGGCCUUCGGCAUCCUGCCAGUCAACGCCUCCAGAAAGUUUGAGCAUGUCGUGUACCGCCUGUCCAAGGUAGCGCGGGAUACCUGCGGGGUCAAGGAGAGAGAAAGUCCGGAGUUCUGGGCAAGCAUGAAAGGCCUGGGCCCAAUGGGGCCCGCCUCCCCCAGCUUCCUCUUCGCCUGGGCCCACCCCAAGUACCUGGAGCUCUUUCUGGUGGUGGACAAUGCCCGCUUCCAGAUGUGGGACAGGAACGUGACCACCACCAUCCAGACCCUCAUGGAUGCCCUGGCUCUAGUCAACCAGCACAUGAAGCAGGUGAGUCUGGAGGUAGUGCUGGCCGGAGUGGAGAUCUGGUCCGAGAGGGACCUGGUCCGGAUCUCCUGGGACCUCCAGGAGACGCUCGACAGCUUUAAUCGGUGGCGAGCUUUGCAGCUGCCCCAAAGGGCGAGACACAACGCUGCUCACCUGGUCACCGGGCAGGAUCUGGGGAGCCACCAGGGCCAGGCUUUUGUGGGGAGCGUCUGCAGCCCCGGCAAUGCCACGGGGGUGGAAGCUUUCCCCCAUGAAGAUGUGCCCCGCUUUGCGGCCCUUCUGGCCCACGAGCUGGGCCACAAUCUGGGCCUGAAGCAUGACCACCCUGGCUGCCAGUGCCCUAACCCGCCACCCUGUUUCAUGCACAAGUCCGUGCCCUUGGAGGGGGGCUUCAGCAACUGCAGCCUGUGGAGCUUCCAAGAGAUGCUGAACCGGGGCUGGGGGACAUGCCUGGACCGCAAGCCCAAGCCAAUGAGCCCCUUCGGGAGGAGCUACUGUGGGAACAAGGUCGUGGAGGAAGGGGAGGAGUGCGACUGCGGCGAUGGCCCAGGGUGCCCCUGCUGCUUGCCCUCCUGCCACCUGAAGAAGGGCUCCGACUGCGCCUCCGGGCCCUGCUGCAGCAAGUGCAGGCUGGCCAAAGCCACCACGCCCUGCCGGCCCAGCGCCGAUGAGUGUGACCUCCCCGAGUACUGCGACGGCACAUCCCCACACUGCCGGCCCGACAGCUACAAGCAGGAUGGCACCCCCUGCCGGGACGAGGGCCGCUGCUACCGGGGCCGCUGCCGGAGCCUGCAGGGCCAGUGUCAGGAGCUGUUUGGGGCAGACUCCCAGGCGGCCCCCGCGUCCUGCUAUCGCAUGAACACCCUGGGGGACCGAUUCGGGAACUGCGGCAGCGAGUGGCAAGGGCCAGUCCGGGUAUUUACCAAGUGCCACCCAGAGGACGCCCUGUGCGGGAGCCUAUACUGUAAGGACGUCCAGAGGCUGCCCAGCAUCAGAAGCCACGAGACUCUGGUCCAGUUCCUGGAGGGAGGCACAUGGUGCUGGGGGGCAGACCUUCCCAGAGCCCUGGACACCCCCAACGGCGGCCUGGUCAAGGACGGCACGUCAUGCGGCCCCCACAAGAUCUGCAUCAACCAGUCCUGCCUGGACAUCGAGGCCGUGCUGCCCUCCGACUGUAGCCCGCUCCGAUGUCGCCACAGGGGGGUCUGCAACAACCUGCAGAACUGCCACUGCCACUCUGGCUACCGCCCGCCCACCUGCGAGCUGCAGGGCCCCGGCGGCAGCCUGGACAGCGGGCCCUCCCCUAGGGCUGGGGUCCUGCACCAGAAGCUGGCCGUCCUGCUCUGGUCUCUGAUGGCUGCCGUCUUGCUGCUCAUGCCCUUUGUCUUGGCGGGGAUUUGCUUUUGGUGGAAGAUGAAGGGGACACAGGGCAAAGAGCUGGCGAUUCAGGCUGGCCCAGUGGGCAGAGAGGGUGCAUAGGCCCGAGCCCCUGGCUCAGUUCUGUAACAGUCUGGCAAGAGCAAGGUCCCCAGCCUCCUCCCCAGGGACCAGGCUUGCCAGGAAAUCGCUGGACCACCCAAUUUCUUUUUUAAUUAAAAAUAAAUGA